GACGCCAGUCACCGGAAGUCCCGCCUGUCUUGCCGAGCCUGUUCCCGGAAGUGCAUCUACUUGUCUCCGGCGAAAUGGCUUCAAGGUUACUUCGCGGAGUGGGCGCUCUGGCGGCUCAGGCCCUGAGAGCCCGCGGGCCCCAUGGCGCGGUUGCGACGCGCUCCAUGGCUUCUAGAGGUGGUGUUCCUACUGAUGAGGAGCAGGCUACAGGACUGGAGAGGGAGAUCAUGAUAGCCGCACAGAAGGGACUGGAUCCAUACAAUUUGCUACCUCCGAAGGCAGCUUCGGGCACCAAGGAAGAUCCUAAUUUAGUCCCGUCCAUCACCAACAAGCGGAUAGUGGGCUGCAUCUGUGAAGAGGACAACUGUACUGUCAUCUGGUUUUGGUUGCACAAAGGUGAGACUCAGCGGUGCCCAAGCUGUGGAACCCAUUAUAAGCUGGUGCCCCACCAACUGGCCCACUGAGCCCUGCGUUAACUUUUCAGAAUGUGAUGGAAAACUUCCCUCCAAUAAACUAGCCAUUGUAUUGGCUCCUCCCAUAGGUGGCUAGUCUUUCUGUAGUUUUUGGUUUUUUUUUUGAGACAGGGUUUCUCUGUGUAGUCUUUGCUGUCCUGGGACUCUAGACCAGGCCUGCCCUGAACUCACAGAGACCUGCCUGCCUCUGCCUCCUGAGUGCUGGGAUAAAGUUGUGCAUCACCACCACCACUACUGCCCAGCUUCCACAGAUAGUUUUAUAUUGUGAUCAGCUGUCUUUUAAUACUGGCUCGACAGCUACUUAGAAUGUAAAACCAGUAUGGAGUUGUUUUAUUUAUUUUAUUUAUUUGUUUAUUUUGGUUUUUCGAGACAAGGUUUCUCUAUGUGGCUUUGGUGCCUGUCCUGGAACUAGUUCUUGUAGACCAGGAUGACCUUGAACUCAUGGAGAUCUGCCUGUUUCUGCUUCCCUAGUGCUGGAAUUAAAGGUGUGCGCCACCAGAGCCUA